AUAGCGGAGCGGAGCAGCCGAGGAGGAAGGGGAUAAACCAGCAACAGAAGAAGAGCUAUCUCGCAUCCUCCUCCGGCUCUCCCCCACCAGCAUUUCGAGACACCGGAGCGGCGAGAUGGAAGGGAUGGGGCAGAAGAGGCGGCCGCUGGUGGUGAUGGCCUCCUCCUCCACCGCGGCGGCGCAGGCGGCGGGCCGGGGCGGCGCCAACCCGCUGGCCGAGCUCACCGACCGCUUCAGGGCGCUGGAGACCGGGGUGCGCUCCUGGAUGGCCAAGCAGCCCACCCACAUCGAGGCCGCCGUCACCACCGCCUUCGGGGCCGUGCAGGGCGGCGCGCUCGGCGGGCUCAUGGGCACCUUCGCCCCGGAAGCUGGGGCCGGGCUCCCCGUGCCGCAGCCGCCGCCCGGGCUCGACCCUAAGGCCUUGGCCACCUUCAAACAAGCGCAGGCUUUGGCAGGUGGUCCACUUGUGCAGGCUCGAAAUUUUGCAGUCAUGACUGGUGCAAACGCAGGCAUAUCUUGCGUUAUGCGAAGGAUAAGAGGAGUGGAGGAUGUCCAGGGCAGCAUGGCAGCAGCUUUUGGUUCUGGUGCUUUAUUCUCCAUCGUGAGUGGAAUGGGAACCCCAAAUCCAGUUGUUAAUGCAAUUACAACUGGUAUGGCUUUUGCAGUAUUUCAAGGUGGAUUUUUCAUGGUUGGGCAGAAAUUCUCGAAGCCAAAGGCUCAGAGUGAAGAUACAAACUACUCUCGUGGAAGAAAUAUGUUGAACCAAUUAGGCCUUCAGAACUAUGAAAAGAAUUUCAAGAAGGGUCUUCUGACUGAUGAAACAUUGCCACUCCUCAAUGACAGCGCGCUCAGAGAUGUGCAGAUCCCCCCUGGUCCAAGACUUGUCAUCCUCGAUCACAUUAAAAGAGAACCUGGCUUGGCAAAAUCAAAGUGAAGUGAUCGCCACUGUGCCGCAGUUUUCCCUCUAGUUGCAUAAAAUAUGUUCUCGGAUUCCAACGAUGAGCACUUUAGGCAGCAGUAUCAUUGUAAAAGAAUAAUUAGUAUAUGUUUUGUAGUCAUUAGACUGAUUAAAUUACAUGUGUCUAUCUGUACUGAAGUUUCAGUUGAAUUGUUAUGUGUUGUUGUUUAUGGCAAAAUUCAUUCUCCAGAA